AUGCAAACUCUCAAGCAUAUGUGGAAACAUCCAACGUCACAACUAUCUGAGUUUGCCGUUUCCCCACCAGACAUCAAAAUCUUCACACCGAGCAGUCAUGAAAUGCUAAACGAGCUGACAGUUCACAUUAUCCCUAAAUUAUGUCGAGAAGAUGUCUCAGAUAUUCAACUCGAAUAUCGUUCCUUCCAAGUGUUUCCCGGAGAAGAAGAAUCCAGUUGGAAAACUGUAAGCGCCGUCGCAAAAACGUUGAAGGACACCAAGACGAGCCUUAUUUUUGGUUGCAAGCACUUCUCGGACCCCGGCUAUUAUCGUGUGUCAAUUCGACUCUCACUGGUCAAUUAUACGGUGCAGGCUGACAAAUGGAUAGUGGUAAAUCGAACGAAUCAAAACGCUUUGAGAUUACGUGAAGACAGUAUCUUCCCACAUUGUCAAUCAGAUUACACAAUUGGUUGGAACUUAGCUGAAUGCUCGAUGGAUCAUUUACACUAUCGGCUCCGAAUUCUGGCGGUACCUGAAGGAGCAAAGAAUCAUGAUGAUGGAGCAGUAUAUAUCGAGGAAAUUGCAAUCGCUCCGGAAAUGAAUUCUCUGAAAAUCAGCUGCUCCCAAUUUGAUAUCAUCCAUGAGAAGUAUUGCUUUGAAUUAGUAUCUGUCAACCGGAAUUCUUCAGUUUCUCACACGUGGCAUAGUGUAUGUGUCAGUACAGAACCAGUUGAAAGGAAGGUCGGAGGAUGGUCGGCAUGGAGCGAAUGGAGUGCUUGCUCAGAAACUUGUGGUAUGGGGAGACAGCGAAGAGUACGAUUCUGUAAUGAACCAGUUCCAAAAAGAUCUAAAUAUUGUGACGGACCACUGAUUGAAACACAGGAAUGCAUGCUUGCAAAGUGUCCAGAAGCAAUGAUGCCACAAAGUCUGUCCACAAACUGCUCGUGUGGAUGUGCAUUGUCAUCUGAAGCAAGUUCAUUUUUUGCGUCUUCAAGGCAUAGUAGGAUGUGCGAAGGAAACCAAACUUGGACUCUUCCGAAAAUGGAUGGAUUCAAGAUUUCAGAUUUCACUGUGAAAAAGCAAGGAGAGGCAAAAGGAAAACUGUUUUUCUUCCUCAGAGCUCCAUAUCAGGAAUUGGUUUGGUCUUCUGAUUCUCAUCAAGAAUACCAGUUCUCUCUUCCAAUGUCUGCACCAAUAUUCGUAGUUCUUUGGAGUAAAAGUAACGACACUGCAAGACUGAAACAGAUUGAUGAUGGUUUCACCGUGUCGUAUUCUGUUAGAGAUGCUGAUUCUUCACCUACCGUUGCCAAAAUCAAUUCUUGUCAACCUUUCUGUCCGGAAACUAUGGCCAUAGCUAUCAUGGCUAUCAUAUUCAUAUGCAUCAUAUUCAUACCUCCAUUGGUAUGUGCAGCGGUAACAGCGUCCCUGAGAAGAAAUACAAGUCCUGAAGUUCCACUGAUUGAUAACAAAUAUGAUUCCGAGAUGAUUCGCAGUGGGAACACAGAAAGUACUCAUGUCAGUUCAAGGAACUAUGUCGCCAAACGUAGCAUUGGAAUUCAACUCAGUGUUCAGAGCACUCCUAGAACUGCUCGUGCCUGUUUAUCCCAUGAAUCUCCACUUCCACCACGUGGCCAAUCUUCUCUUAGCGAAUGUGAUGAACUCGAGUAUGAUUAUUAUGAUGGUACAACAUUUCCGGGUAGUUUUUUGGCACCAGUGCAAGACGUUAUGUAUUCGCAGAUUGAUAUUGAUCAGAUUAUUGGACAAUCGGAGCUCUUCAUAAAUAGUGCCGAGAAAGCAGAUGUUCACACUCAAAUUUAA